UCGACUCACAUACUAACUUGUCCUUCAUACGACAUUUCAGUACUCCAUCUUGUGGGGAUCGUACGUGUAUCAAUUCUACGCCAGAACUUCUUCUUUCUGAAACCAUGUCGAAAAUUGGAAUUAAUGGAUUUGGUCGCAUUGGACGUCUGGUGCUUCGUGCAUCUAUUGAAAAGGGAGCCCAAGUUGUUGCUGUCAAUGAUCCCUUCAUCGGUCUAGACUACAUGGUAUAUCUCUUCAAAUAUGACUCUACCCAUGGACGUUUCAAGGGAACUGUAGAUGCUAAAGAUGGUUAUCUUAUUGUUAAUGGAAACAAAAUUGCUGUCUUCUCCGAGAGGGACCCUAAAGCCAUCCCAUGGUCCAAGGCUGGUGCUGAAUAUGUUGUAGAAUCUACUGGAGUUUUCACCACCACAGAUAAAGCAUCUGCUCAUUUAGAAGGUGGAGCUAAAAAGGUCAUCAUCUCUGCUCCUAGCGCUGAUGCUCCCAUGUUUGUAGUUGGAGUUAACUUGGAUGCAUAUGACCCAUCCUUCAAAGUUAUCUCUAACGCCUCCUGCACCACAAACUGCCUGGCGCCCCUCGCUAAAGUUAUCCACGACAACUUUGAAAUUAUUGAGGGCUUGAUGACAACUGUACAUGCUACCACUGCCACCCAAAAAACCGUAGACGGUCCCUCUGGUAAGUUGUGGCGUGAUGGCCGUGGUGCCCAACAAAACAUCAUCCCUGCCUCUACAGGAGCCGCUAAAGCUGUCGGCAAAGUGAUCCCGGCUCUGAAUGGCAAACUCACCGGCAUGGCUUUCCGAGUGCCAGUGGCCAAUGUUUCAGUAGUUGAUCUUACUGUGCGUCUUGGCAAACCUGCCAACUAUGAAGCUAUUAAGCAGAAAGUUAAGGAAGCCGCAAAUGGACCCCUCAAGGGUAUUCUUGGAUACACUGAAGAUCAAGUAGUAUCUUCUGACUUCAUUGGGGAUUCUCACUCAUCCAUCUUUGAUGCCGCUGCCGGUAUCUCUCUGAAUGACAACUUUGUGAAACUCAUCAGCUGGUACGACAAUGAAUAUGGUUACUCCAGCCGAGUUAUUGAUCUCAUCAAGUACAUCCAGAGCAAGGAUUAAGCGAUUGCUUUAAAAUUCUAGAUGUGAUUGUAAUUGUUGAGAUUACAGAUGCUUACGUUUUAAGUUUAAAAGUGUAGCUGUGUAUUCUAAAUUAUUACGCUACUUUGAUAGUAGUAAUGUGUAUGUGUAUGUGAUUACUUUUUUUAUUUUAAUCAUGUUGCCUUUAAAACUAAGGCCGAAAAUAUAAAUGUAUUAGAGUUAUAUGUGUCAAAGUAAAAAAUUAAUCAAUUUUAUUUCAGUAACUAGAAAUUAUGGAACAAGUAUAGCACUGGUCACAUAAUAAAGUUAAUGACACCUUA